AUGAGUUCUAUUCAACAAACUGGUAGAUUUCUGCCAUUUACUAAUAACAGCAGCAAUAUACAGCGCAAGCAGUUGUCGACUCAAGGAGGUUUGCCACAAAGUUUGAGCGGAAGUGAUACCGAUGUAUCAACAUCAAAUGAAAAUUUAAGCAAUGAAGAAAGGUAUGUCAUAAGACAUACUGCAAGACAAGAGCCUCAGGGUCAAGAAAAUCAACAACAGCAAAGUCCAUCAAGAUCUUCCAGUCAUAAAGAAAAUAUACCAAAUAUUCAAGGUAACUUGAUAAACCGUAACAGUUUGAAGGAUAGUUUAAAUGGAUCAAACAGAAACAGUUUAAAGGAGAGUUUAAAUGGGUCAAAUAGAAAUAGUCUUAAAGACAGUAUCAAUGGAUCGAAUCGUAAUAGUUUGAAGGACAAUUUGAGUAAUCGAACAAGCGUGGGAUCUAACCGUAGUAGUCUUGAUAUAUCAACUAGUUCAUAUAAUACACUCAUUAUUCAUAAUGCUAAUGAUGAAAACGGCUGGUCACCAUCUGGACGGUUGUCUAGUAUCGUUCGCGAGCAUGGUGGCGAUGUGGGUUAUUUGUAUAAUGAAGGAGGUGGUGGUGGUGGUGGUGGUGGUGGUGGUGGUGGUGGCGGUGGUGGUGGCAAAGGUCACUCAAAUAGUCCGACAAUGCAAUCCUUAACGAGUUUACCGCAUGACGAACGUUUUUAUGAGCAACCGAACAAUGGUGGAUGUCAAGAAAUUAAUGAUAUCCCUGAUGAUUAUCUUAAUCAGUCUCAGGUUUUGAAACAUCUUGCGAAAGAAGUUAAGCCGUAUUCAAAGCUCCAGAGUGGUGGAAAUAAUUUAGAAAUAAGAAUGCGCGAAGUUGAUAGAGCUAAACAAAUAAAUAAUGAGUUCAACGAUCGGUCUCAGUCGUCUUAUAUCUCGAUAUUAAUGCCUGCGAAAAGUAAACACAGAUUAUUAGGGCCUACGGAAAAAUUGACACUAUCAAGAUCACAGCCAGAUUUAUCGCGAAUUGAUAAAUUAGAUUUCGAUGGAUAUGAUUCUCCUGCAACAUCUCCGCGGCCACAAACGAAAGGUAGAGAGGAGGUUGAAAUAGCUACUGGAGAAAUUUGGCCUCCAUCUGAAAUGGUCCAAAUAAUAAUUCAAGAAAACAGUGCCUUAAAACUUGAGUUAGAGCGAUGUUACAGCAAGGUAGCAAAGUCUCAAAAAUUAGAGCAAGAAAUAUCAAAAGUUCACCGAGCACACGAAGAGUUGGCUGCUUCAUGCGAGCGACGUGAGAAACUUGAACGUGCAGCCCGUCUAAGGCUUCAAAACGACUGUCGUCGAUUAACUGAGUUAAAUCGUGCUUUGAGAGAUCAAAUUGAUUUACUCUCUUCACGAUCUGAUAAUCCACCUAUUGUUGAAUCUAUGCGGAAAGAGUUGACGCAGAGAGAAUUACUAAUUGGGCAACUUAUAACGCAGAAUAAAGAAUUAGCAGCGUCCAAAGACAGGCAGGAAAUAGAAUUAGCUGCACAGAGAGCAACACUGCAGGAGCAACGUACGCAUAUUGACAUUUUAGAUACGGCAUUAACAAAUGCCCAAGGAAACGUUGUACGUUUAGAAGAAGAGUGCCGUAAAAAACAAAUUUAUGUAGAGCGAGUCGGUCAAUUACAGCGUGCGUUGUCGUCAUUACAAGCGUCAAGUGACAGACGUGAAGAGACUGAGCGACACUUACGUGGUCAACUCGAACGCGAAUUACGUGAAGGUGGUAGUGGAUCUAAUGGCCACGAGCAGUCAUCAAACGGCGAGACAAUAACUGAAUUAAAGAGACGAUUACGCGAGCGAGAUGAAAAAAUAAUGUCGCUUGAAGGUGACGUCGCUAAAUGGGAGCAACGAUAUUUGGAGGAGAGCGCGUUACGUCAAGCAGCUAUUGAUGCAGCUAGUCUUCCCAAGGAUGCUAAAAUAGCAGCUUUGGAGAAGACAAGUCAAGACGCUGAAAAAAUGAUCGCUGAAGCAAGAUCUGAAAAAAUGCGUCAUAUGGACGAAGUUCAUGCCGCUCAGAAAAAAUUGGCUGAUCUCGAAUCUCGAAUGAAGGAUCUCGAGUCGAAGCUGGCUGAGCGAGAUGCAAUGAUACGUGUCCUUCAGAAACAUACAUACGACAAAGACAGUAGCAGCAGCAGUGGAAUGGGUAGUUAUCCAGCGGUACAUUCCUCUCAUUCAAGCACGUCUGCAGAUCACACAGGAUUAACAGGCACUCCUGAAUUAGGUAGGUAUUGUUCUAAUGUCACAAAAGCAAUCGAUGCAUCUGCAUUGUCUCAUCGUAGUUUCACGUAUGUCAUCAGUGAGCAGUGUGUUGGGUGGGACCAGUGGCUAUGGCAGUACUGGAACCGGGCACUUUGCUGUUUUCCAGGAUUCUCUAAUCCAGGCACUGCGUCGCGAAAAGGAAAAAUAUCCAAACCACUAUUGGCGGGCGUAGGUCACAGCACUGGUAGUUCCAGUACCGCUUCAAGUAAGAGCCGUCUGUUGGACGACUCUGGGGGUGAACCAACUGUUGCUGGUGUUGGUGUUGGUGUCGGUAGUGGUGUUGGUGGUGGGGGUGGUGCAGGUGAAGGAGUAAACGGAGGAGGAUUGAUUGAAUUCACAAGUUCAACAUCUGCGAGAUACAACAAGCAAGGUAAUGCCGUUGUUGCUGUGUCGUCACGUCUGUCCGACGGGAAACCCGAGGACAUGAUGUUGCUGGAGAAACAGGGUAGAAGUUCACAGAGACAACGUAUGCAAGAAGGCGAGCCCCGUCGAGCUGGCAGUUUACCACCAAGUUCAUUGCCACGUCCGCCACGUGCUCUCAAGUCCAGCGGGAAUUCCCGCUACUGUCGGCUGAGCGACACCGAGACCCGGAAAAAAUCAGACCCUGGUCCCAGUGUCAUUGACACCAUUAAGACAACCCGUGACUCGGGUAACUGCACCCUCGAGUACGGAAGAUUCGACAGCGGAAAAGGAAUGAGGCGUAAAAAAUCUGUCGCUGACGCUUUUGUGCCCAACACGCUGAAAAAACCUUCCAGUGGGGAGUACGAACGGCUGGGCGAGGUCGACAGAAAGAAGAUGAUACUUGGUGGUGGUGGGGACGUUAAACACCGUGAGACUCAAGGUCGUUCGUUGAUACCACCGCCUUCAAGACGCAUCGGUGAUUACGGAAGAUUGAGUGACGGAGAUGCCAAAGCUACGCUCAGAAAACAAACAGGUGGCUCAUCAGUUCGUGGUCUCAGCACUGGUAGCAUGGUCAGCAGCAAAAGCGGCGGACGUGACUCUGGAGGCACUGCCAGUAGUGAUGCAUCUACAUCUUCCUUACCGCCUACUAAAGCUCGGUCUAUACCAAGACCCAAUAAUUACCGCAUACAAUUUUAA